AUGAUGGUGGUGAAAGCAAGAUUACAGGAGCAAAUAACAGGGUCUUACAGUGAUGCCCAUGUCCAGCAUACCGUCGAGGAAGAUAGCGAGGAAGAGAUCGAUGCGAAGUCAGAAAUGACGAAAGAAUGCGACCGAAAGUGGGUGGGUUCGAUGGAGGAUUAUAAAGAACCACUCCCUGGAAAACCAAUGGUGGUUGCGUUUUACGACCUUGGCUCUGCAUCGGGACUGAAGAAGCUUGAUGAAUACCUCCUCACACGGAGCUAUAUAACUGGGUACCAAGCUUCAAUGGAUGAUAUCACUGUGCAUGCAGCACUUCAGAAGCCCCCGUCAGCUGAACUUGUCAAUGUAUCUAGGUGGUAUAACCACAUUGAGGCUCUACCAAGGAUUUCGCCGCAGCUGCAGACGACGACUGCGACGACCACGUCGAAUUGUUUGGUGAAGAGACUGAAGAGGAGAAGAAGUCUGCCGAGGAAUGUGCAGCUGCUGUCAAGGCAUCUGCAAAGAACAAAGAAUCUGGUGAGUCGUCUGUGCUGUUGGAUGUGAAGCCAUGGGAUGAUGAGACUGACAUGAAAAAGCUAGAGGAAGCAGUAAGAAGCGUGCAAAUGCAAGGGUUGUUUUGGGGAGCAUGUGCGCUCUAUUGCGUUCGUUCGU